GGCCUGUGCGCGGCGGGGGAGGUUUGCGCGGCGGGCGCCUGUCAGUGGCGGUGUGAGAGGCCGGGGGCCCGCUCUCUUUCUCUUCCAGGGAGCCUGAUUGCGCCCUGUGUACCCCUGGGGCCUGCCUUCCUCGAGCGGCCUCUCUGCUUGGGCUUAUGCCCCUGCAACGAUGUCUCUGGCCCUGUGAGCGAGUAAGAGCAAUGCUUGGCCUCGUCGGGCUGUGGUAAUUCCAUGUGAAGGCGUUUGGGUAUAUUCAGAGCACUUCAAGAAGAGAAGCUGUUUUCUGGCUUUCAGGGUCGUUGUGCAUUGCUUUGUGUUGGCGCCAUAAAUAAACAGUGUUGAUGGCUUCUCCAUGGUGGCUGGCCAGGUGACACCGUAGCCAGGGGAUUUCAACGCGGUGCUGCUUCUGGUGAUCCCAGAAGAUCUUCCCCCUUGCUGAACCCAGGGGCUGAUGCAUCCCCUUUCCCUGCCCCGGUGCCUGAUUCCUGCAUCCCAGUUUGCCAGCAGCUGGUCGAUCUCCGGUGAUCCCCACUUCAUCUGCAGGAUCCUUUCCGCGCCGCUGGGAAUGAGGGGCUCUGCUGCCUGUCGGCUCUCGGCCUCGCUCGCUGCAGGACAGGUUUCAUGCCGGCGAUCGGCAGCUGAGCAGCACGGUGCCUGCUAUGGCCGGCUGGUUUAGGCGUCUCCUGCACAAGCCCAAGCCCAGCUCGGUGGAAAGCAGCCUCAACUCUAGCUGCUCUGCUUCAUCCUCACCUUCCUCAUCCUCUGCGGAGAGCUCCGGCUCCUCUCCCAGCACAAGCCUGGCUGGAUCCGUCUGUCCGUCACCCAUCUCAGUGUCGGACAUCAACGCCUCGGGCAGCGCCCGGUGGACCAAGAGCUACGAUGUCUGCAUCUGCCACAGCGAGGUGGACCUGGAGCUGGUGGAGGAGCUGGUGUCCUACCUGGAGGGGCAACCCGAAAGCUUCCGUUGCUUCCUCCAGCUGCGGGACGCGACGCCGGGAAGCGCGGUGGUGACAGAGCUAUGCGACGCCGUGCAAAACAGCCACUGCUGGGUCAUGCUCAUCACCCCCAGCUUCCUCCGGGACCCUUGGUGCAAGUACCAGAUGCACCAGGCGUUGGCCGAAGCUCCAAUGGCCAACGGGCGCACCAUCCCGGUGGUGAAGGAUGUGGAUCGGAAGGAUUAUCCCAGGGAGCUGCGCAGCCUCUACUACAUCUACAUGGCGGUGAAGGAGAAGAGCUUCAAGCAGAUCAGAGACACUGUUGUGCGCUACCUCCAGGAGCUGUGCCAGAGCUCCAGCAGCGGGAUGGACUAGUGCCGGGAGCCGACAGAGAAGUCCCCGCGGCGUUUCGGUGCUGCCACGGCUGGAUCCGGAUGCGUCCACGUCUCGAGGGGACGAAACCGAGCUGCUCG